UUGGUCACCCAAUGUUCCUUGGAUCACACAACACAAAAACAAACCCAUGAGAAAUACCAUAUUCAUUACUCCUAAGUUUAGAUUAAGCCAAUUAAGCCUGAAUUCAUGAUGAUGAGGGGCCAAUCUAAGAGCUCUCAAAGCUCUUUGUUAUGUGUUUUAGGCUUUAUUACUUUGUUUCUCUCCUUUAUUGUCACCGCCACCACUAACACCGCCCACAACCACCAACACCAGCACCACCACCACAAACAACAAGAGAGUGAUAGGAUCAUCAAGUUGCCUGGGCAGCCAGCAAAGGUGAGCUUCUCUCAAUACUCCGGUUAUGUCACGGUUGACAAGCGGGCUGGCCGGGCCCUAUUUUACUGGUUGAUUGAGUUGCCGGCCAAUGGGAAGCCCACAUCAAAGCCCCUUGUGUUGUGGCUCAAUGGUGGGCCUGGUUGCUCAUCGGUGGCCUAUGGGGCCUCUGAGGAGGUGGGUCCAUUUCGUGUUCGUCCUGAUGGAAAGACUCUCGCCUUGAGUCCAUACGCUUGGAAUAAAGAGGCCAACUUGCUUUUCCUUGAUUCACCUGCUGGUGUUGGUUUUUCCUACUCAAACACUUCAUUUGAUCUUGUCACGGGUGACCAAAGAACAGCUAAGGAUGCAUACACAUUCCUUGUAAAGUGGUUUGAGAGGUUCCCUCAAUACAAGCAGAGGCCAUUCUACAUUGCUGGAGAAAGUUAUGCAGGUCAUUACAUUCCUGAGCUAUCCCAAGUCAUUGUUCAUCAUAAUAAGGGUAUCAAGGAUCCAAUAAUCAAUUUCAAAGGUUUUUUGUUGGGAAAUCCCCUUAUAGAUGAUUAUUAUGAUAAUAUUGGAACAUUUGAGUUCUGGUGGAACCAUGGUUUGAUAUCGGACUCAACCUACGAAGCGCUAAACGAGUCGUGUCCAUAUGAAUCAUUUUUAUAUCCUCGGAAUCAGUGUUACGAAGCUCUCACUCGCGCUUACUCUCAAUUCGGAGAUAUCAAUCCCUAUGCCAUUUAUGAUGGUCCAUGUUCUGAAACUGGAACUCUUCUUCACAAUUUAAAGACUUCCUUGCCAUGGACAUUUAGAGGGAAUGACAAGUGCAUAGUGAGGUAUACAAAAAUGUACAUGAAUCUCAAGGAUGUACAAAGGGCUCUCCAUGCAAAUGUUACUCAAAUUCCUCAUCCUUGGAUGACUUGCAGUGAUGUUAUAAGGGGCAGUUGGACUGAUUCGCCCAAAUCUAUGCUUCCUAUCAUAAAGGAACUCAUUGCAGCUGGACUCAGGAUAUGGAUCUUUAGUGGGGGUAGUGAUGCUGUUCUUCCACUGACUGCAACAAGAUAUUCCAUUAAAGCUCUAAAUCUUGAGACCAUCAAAGAUUGGUUUCCCUGGUACUACAAUCAACAGGUUGGAGGGUGGAGCCAAGCAUACAAAGGCCUGACCUUUGUGACAGUAAGAGGAGCUGGACAUGAAGUUCCCCUGGGCCGCCCUAAGCUUGCACUCACACUCUUUAGACAUUUCUUAUACAAUCAAACCAUGCCAUCAUCACCUUCUUGACAAUAUUUGCAAAUCAAUAAUGCUAUGGAAUUAGCAAAAAUAAUUCUGAAAUGAAGUGAGGGAAGCAGAUUCAUCCUGGGUGUUAUCCACAUUAUACGAAAUUUGAAUUUAAACCAUAUAUUUUAUUUUCUGAUCAAUUUUCAAGUUGCUUUUCUAAGUUCGUAUCUUUGUCUUUUGCCGAUUUGGGCAUCCAAGUUGUAAGUGAGUCAUUGUUAGAUUGAUAGUUUAGUUAGCUAUAUGAUAACAAUGUUGUU